CCAGCCUAUAUAUUCGUACGUGCAUUAUUAUACGUGCAUACGUGAACACACGUAGGCUCGAGUUUAUACGUAUACGCGCGCGCUCGCAAACACAUAUUUACGCGCCUGUGUUAAUACGCGAGCUCGCUUGCGCGCCGUAUAUGUGAGGCGCGGACGGCGCAACGUUCCCGCAGUAGUUCCGCAACGACCGACGCGACGAUUACUUCGAUAAUUGGAAGAGUGCAGUCACCAUGGCACGACCCACGGCGGCUCAGCUGGACGCAACAGCUGUGGACAACUUCCGCGAGUACUUGAAGAUCGCCUCGGUACACCCGAACAUCGACUACGGUGACUGUGAGAAGUUUCUUAAAAAGUGUGCCAAUUCUCUGGAGUUGCCCAUAACAGUUUACUAUAUGAGUGGCGGUUCUACAUGCAAAAAUCCUAUUAUUGUUAUAACAUGGAUCGGAACUGACUCGUCUUUGCCAUCGAUUUGCCUCAACAGUCAUAUGGAUGUUGUUCCAGUUUUUCCCGAAUAUUGGACCCAUGAUCCAUUUGGAGCCGAAAUGGAUGAUAAAGGAAAUAUUUAUGCUCGGGGAAGUCAAGAUAUGAAAUGUGUUGGAAUUCAAUAUUUAGAGGCUAUUCGUCGGAUGAAAUUAAAUGGACAAAAAUUAAAAAGAACAAUUCAUAUUACUUUUGUACCUGAAGAAGAAGUCGGAGGAAUAAAUGGAAUGAGAGAUUUUGUUAAGACAAAUGAUUUUAAAAAUUUGAACAUUGGUUUUACCUUAGACGAGGGUGUUACCAGUCCAACAAAUAAUUAUUAUUUAUUUCAUGGUGAAAGGUCUAUUUGGCAAAUUGAAGUCCAUUGUCCUGGAAAUGCAGGUCAUGCAUCUUUAUUAUUAGAUAAUACUCCAGGUGAAAAAUUGCGAGUUAUUAUCGACAAAUUUAUGGACUUUAGAGCAGAACAAAAAGCUAAACUUUCUAAUCCGAACAAACAGAUAGGAGAUGUUACUUCGGUUAAUCUAACACAAAUUGCAGGUGGUGUACAAAAUAAUGUCAUUCCAAGUUCACUCUUCGUAGUUUUUGAUAUCCGCAUAGACACUAAUACUGAUCAUAAAACUUUUGAAGACAUGUUGAAUAAGUGGUGUGAGGAAGCAGGUGAAGGAAUAUAUAUUAAAUUUAUUCAAAAAGAAAAGUUUGUUGAAGUUACUAAACUAGACGAAACUAAUCCAUUUUGGUUAGCCAUGAAAAAGUCAUGCGAUAAACAAAAUAUCAACCUCGAAAUUGGUAUUUUCCCAGGAGGAACUGACAGUCGCUUCAUAAGAGACCUUGGAAUUCCAGCCAUUGGUUUUUCACCAAUAAAUAACACAAAAAUAUUGCUUCAUGAUCAUGAUGAAUAUUUAAACAAGGAUGUGUUUCUUCGUGGAAUUGAAAUAUAUAUGGAUAUUAUUGCUUCAGUAGCUAGUGUUUAG